GUACAGGGAGCGGGAGUGAGUGAGGUACGGACGGCCCUUCGGAUGCUCGGCCGCGGGGGGAAGAAGAAGCUGCUGCUGCUGCUGCUGCUGCUGCGGAUAUCCGUCUCAUACCUGCCUCCUCAAAACAGGCUCUUCUCAUCGCCUAUUUUUUUUUCUACCGUUUUGUGUGAAAGCUAGAUUUAAAAAAAAAAAACAACAAAAAAAAAAACUGGUUUGGUUUCGUAACGCGCUGCAUCGGUAGCAGCAGCGCGGAGGAAAAGAUCUUUUUCGAGGAUGCGGAUUCAACGGAAAGACGUUACCAGUUUCACCUGGGAUUUUUAACCGUUAAAAUUCGAUUUAGCUUAGUCCUACGCGUUGGUAGCAAAGGAAGAUAUUUUUCAUGUCUGCAGAAAUAUCACAUAGAGUGACGCGGUAGAAAUAAGAUCGUCAGCCUUUUCACCAGAAGACAAAAUAAGGGGUUGAAUGUUUUUUCCUCGAGCCUGGACACCAUGAGCACCAUCUCGCCAACGGACUUUGACAGCUUGGAGAUCCAGCAGCAGUAUAAUGACAUCAACAACCGCUGGGAUCUGGCAGCAGAGACUGACUGGGAUAAUGAGAACAGUUCAGCACGCCUCUUUGAGCGCUCACGCAUUAAGGCUCUUGCAGAGAGAUCCAGAAAAAAGGCCAUGGAGUGGGACCACAGGGACAGAGAGCCCUGCCUGUCCCCAGCAGCAUUUGUUAAUCAGGUGCAAUACUCUAACAUCUUGGAAGGACGGUUUAAACAGCUGCAAGAUGAGCGUGAAGCAGUACAGAAGAAGACCUUUACCAAAUGGGUGAACUCUCACUUAGGCCGAGUGACCUGUCGCAUUGGUGACUUGUACACUGACCUACGCGAUGGCCGCAUGCUAAUCCGCCUUCUGGAAGUGCUCUCAGGAGAACAGCUGCCAAAGCCCACUAAGGGCCGGAUGCGUAUCCACUGCCUGGAGAAUGUUGAUAAAGCCCUACAGUUUCUCAAGGAGCAAAAAGUCCAUCUAGAAAAUAUGGGCUCACAUGACAUUGUGGAUGGGAAUCAUCGUCUCACCCUGGGUCUCAUCUGGACCAUCAUCCUUCGCUUCCAGAUCCAGGACAUCAGUGUGGAGACAGAAGACAACAAGGAGAAAAAAUCAGCCAAAGAUGCCCUGCUGCUGUGGUGCCAAAUGAAAACUGCUGGAUACCCCAAUGUCAACAUCCACAACUUCACUACCAGCUGGCGAGAUGGUCUGGCGUUCAAUGCCAUCGUGCACAAACACAGACCUGACCUGAUAGAGUUUGACAACCUGAAAAGGUCCAAUGCUCAUUACAAUCUCCAGAAUGCUUUCAAUGUGGCUGAGAAGGAACUGGGGCUUACUAAGUUGCUAGACCCAGAAGAUGUUAAUGUUGAUCAGCCUGAUGAAAAGUCCAUCAUUACCUAUGUGGCGACCUACUACCAUUACUUCUCCAAGAUGAAAGCCCUGGCAGUGGAGGGCAAAAGAAUUGGCAAGGUGCUGGACUAUGCUAUUGAAGCUGACCAGCUGAUAGAGAAGUAUGAGACCCUGGCCUCAGAGCUGCUGCAGUGGAUUGAGCAGACCAUAGUGACGCUCAAUGAUAGGCAGCUAGCAAACUCACUGAGUGGUGUGCAGAACCAGCUCCAGGCUUUCAACUCCUACCGGACUGUGGAAAAACCCCCCAAAUUUACAGAGAAAGGAAACUUGGAGGUUCUCCUCUUUACUAUCCAGAGCAAGAUGCGAGCAAACAACCAGAAGGUCUACAUGCCAAGAGAGGGCAAACUCAUCUCUGACAUCAAUAAGGCAUGGGAGCGACUGGAAAAAGCAGAGCAUGAACGUGAGCUGGCACUGAGAAACGAGUUGAUUCGCCAGGAGAAGCUAGAGAUGCUCGCUGCUCGUUUUGACCGCAAAGCUGCUAUGCGGGAGACAUGGCUGAGUGAAAACCAGAGGCUGGUGUCUCAGGACAACUUUGGAACUGACUUGGGAGCAGUGGAAGCUGCUACCCGUAAACACGAAGCCAUUGAAACAGACAUUGGGGCAUACUGGGAACGUGUGGCUGCUGUGGAGGCUGUUGCCAAAGAGCUGGAAGCAGAGGGAUACCAUGAUGUACGGCGUAUACUUGCACGAAGGGAUAAUGUGCUUCGACUCUGGGAAUACCUGAAAGAACUUCUGGUUGCACGCAGGGAGCGGCUGAAUGCCCAUCGUGACCUACAGAGACUGUUUCAGGAGAUGCGCUACAUCAUGGACUGGAUGGCAGACAUGAAGGGUCGUCUACAGUCGCAGGACAGUGGCAAACAUUUGCAUGAUGUGUUAGACCUACUUCAGAAACACACUCUGGUAGAGGCUGACAUUUCAGCUCAGGCAGAGAGGAUCAAGGCAGUGCAGGGAGCGGCAAAGCGCUUCACUUCCUAUGAACAGGCCUACAAACCAUGUGAGCCAGGACUAGUUAGUGAGAAGGUUGACUUGCUGGGCCAAGCCUAUGAGGAGCUUGGUCAGCUUGCUGGGAAACGCAGAGAGCGCUUAGAGGACUCUCGCCGUUUGUGGCAGUUCCUGUGGGAUCUCGGUGAGGAGGCAGCCUGGAUCAGAGAGCAGGAGCAGAUCCUGGCUAGUGGAGACUGUGGGCGUGACCUGACUUCUGCUCUUCACCUGCUUAGCAAACAUGAGGCUUUCAGGGAUGAAAUGGCAGCCCGCUAUGGCCCCCUGAGUAACAGUAUCGCUGCUGGGGAAGCUUUGAUUAAGGAGGGACACUUUGGAGCCCCAGAGGUCACAGAGAGGAUUCAAGACAUCCGUGCACAGUGGACACAUCUGGAGGAGACAACUAAACUGAGAGAGCAGAGUCUUAAGGAAGCUGUGGCCCUGCAUCAGUUCCAAACAGAUGCCAAUGACAUGGAGGCCUGGAUUAUGGAGACAUUUAGACAGGUGUCAAGUCAGGAGGUGGGCCACGAUGAGUUCUCUACCCAAACUUUAGCUCGCAAGCAGAGGGAGAUAGAGGAGGAGAUCCAGAGCCACCGCCCCCUCAUUGACUCCCUGCAUGAGCAGGUCCAAGCACUGCCACAGGCUUAUAUUCAGUUCCCUCAGGUGGAUGGCCGCCUACCUGCUAUUGAGCAGCGCUAUGAGGAACUGGAGUCUCUAUCAGCAGCUCGGCGGCAGGCUCUGGAAGGUGCCCUAGCCCUCUACCGCAUGUUCAGUGAAGCUGGUGCCUGCCAGCUCUGGGUGGAAGAAAAGGAGCAGUGGUUACAUGGCAUGGAGAUCCCUACCAAACUGGAGGACUUAGAGGUGGUGCAGCAGAGAUUUGAGACUCUUGAACCUGAGAUGAACAAUCUAGGCACUCGUGUCAAUGAUGUGAACCAGGUGGCAGAGCAGCUGCUGAGCUCUGACAACCGUAGCAAAGACCAAAUCCACCACACACGAAACCAACUGAACAACAGAUGGACAGAGUUUGAACAACUGGCUGGUCAAAAGAAACAAGCCCUAGAGUCUGCCCUUAACAUCCAAAACUACCACCUGGAGUGUAAUGAGAUCCAAACUUGGAUGAAGGAAAAGACCAAGGUGAUUGAAUCUACUCAAAGCCUGGGAAAUGACCUGGCUGGAGUGAUGGCACUGCAGCGGAAACUCACUGGAAUGGAGAGGGACCUGGAGGCCAUUCAGGGCAAAUUGGAUGAUCUGAGAAAUGAGGCAGAAAAGCUGGCCAACGAACAUCCAGAUCAGGCAGGAGAGAUCCAAGGACGCCUGGCAGAGAUUCAAGAAGUGUGGGAGGAGUUGAAUGCUACUAUGAAGCGACGUGAGGAGUCAUUGGGUGAAGCCAGCAAGCUUCAGGGUUUCCUUAGGGAUCUGGAUGACUUCCAGUCCUGGUUGUCCCGCACCCAGACAGCCGUGGCCUCAGAGGACAUUCCCACUUCUCUGCCUGAGGCUGAGAGUUUGCUAGCCCAGCAUGAGAGUAUCAAGAAUGAGGUGGAUAACUAUAAGGAGGACUAUGAGAAGAUGCGGGCAGUCGGUGAGGAGGUGACCCAAGGUCAGACAGAUGCCCAGCACAUGUUCUUGGCCCAAAGACUCCAGGCACUGGAUACUGGCUGGCACGAGUUGCGUCGCAUGUGGGAAAACCGCCACAGUCUUUUGGCCCAAGCCUUUGACUUCCAGACUUUCUUGAGAGACGCAAAGCAGGCAGAAGCUUUCCUAAACAGCCAGGAGUAUGUUCUGUCCCACACAGAGAUGCCCACCAGUCUUCAGGGAGCAGAGGAGGCCAUUAAGAAGCAUGAGGAUUUCCUCACCACCACAGAGGCCAGUGAAGAGAAGAUAACUGGUGUGGUGGAGGCUGGACGGCGCCUCAUUAAUGACUCUAAUGCAAACUCUGAUAAGAUCCAGGAAAAAGUUGAUUCCAUCCAGGAAAGGCAUUUUAAGAAUAAGGAGGCUGCAAAUGAAUUGCUGACAAAGCUAAAGGAUAACCGUGAACUUCAGCACUUCCUCCAAGAUGGGCAGGAGCUCACAUUAUGGAUCAAUGAGAAGAUGCUGACAGCACAGGACAUGUCUUAUGAUGAGGCCAGAAAUCUUCACAGCAAGUGGCAGAAGCACCAGGCCUUCAUGGCAGAGCUGGCCUCUAACAAAGACUGGCUAGACAAAAUUGACAAGGAGGGUCAGGCGCUGGUGGCAGAGAAGCCUGAGCUGAAACCUGUUGUCCAGCAGACCCUGGAGGACCUACAGCGUCAGUGGGAGGAGCUGGAGGGCACCACCCGCACUAAGGCCCAGUGUUUGUUCGAUGCUAACAGGGCAGAGCUCUUUACACAGAGCUGCUCCGCUCUAGAUGUCUGGCUGAAAAACCUUGAGAGUCAGCUGCAUAGUGACGACUAUGGCAAAGAUUUGACCAGUGUCAAUAUCCUGCUCAAGAAGCACCAGAUGCUGGAGCACCAGAUGGAGGUCCGAGAGAAGGAGGUGCAGUCCCUGCAGUCUCAGGCUCUGGCCCUGUCCCAAGAGGAUGCUGGACUGGCUGAAGUAGAUGGUCAGCAAAGGCGUGUCACUGACAACUUCUCAAACCUUCAGGAGCCUCUCAAACUGAGGAGACAGCGACUACUCGCCUCCAAAGAAGCACAUCAGUUCAACAGAGAUCUGGAGGAUGAAAUUCUAUGGGUGAAAGAGAGGAUGCCCCUGGCGACCUCCACAGACCAUGGAAAAGACCUGCCUACCGUUCAGCUGCUAAUCAAGAAGAACCAGACAUUGCAGAAGGAGAUCCAGGGCCACCAGCCUCGCAUUGAUGACAUCCAUAGACGAGGAAAGACUCAGAGCCAGGUAGAUGGUGAGAGACAGUCUGUCCUAGAGGAGCGUCUUGUUGAGCUGAGGGACCUUUGGAACCAGCUGAUUUCAGAGACAGACAAACGUCGUGCCCGUCUAAUAGAGGCCAAUCGCGCCCAGCAGUUCUAUGCUGAUGCAGCAGAGGCAGAGGCCUGGAUGGGUGAACAAGAGCUACACAUGAUGUCCGAAGAAAAAGCCAAGGAUGAGCAAAGCGCAUUAGUGAUGGUCAAGAAGCACCAGAUCCUGGAACAGGCACUUGAAGACUAUGCCCAAACCAUUCACCAGCUAGCCAACAGCAGCCGCCUCAUGGUCACCAGUGAACACCCAGAGAGCGAGCGAAUCACCUUACGGCAAGCCCAAGUGGACAAGCUGUAUGCAGGGUUGAAAGACCUCGCUGAGGAGCGUCGUGGGCGGCUUCAUGAGAGACUGCGGCUGACCCAGCUAAAGCGAGAGGUGGAUGACCUGGAACAGUGGAUUGCUGAGAGGGAGGUGGUUGCUGGCUCCCAUGAACUAGGACAGGACUAUGAACAUGUCACAAUGCUGAGGGACAAGUUCCGGGAGUUUGCCCGUGACACCAGCACCAUUGGCCAAGAGCGCGUAGAUGGUGUAAAUAGGCUUGCAGAUGACCUGAUUGAGUCGGGUCAUCCUGAGAAUGCCAGUGUGGCUGAGUGGAAGGACGGGUUAAACGAGGCCUGGGCAGAUCUGUUGGAGCUAAUUGACACACGCACGCAAAUGCUGGCAGCCUCCUAUGAGUUGCACCGCUUCCAUCAGGAUGCCAUGGAGGUGCUUGGACGUGUUAAGGAAAAGAGGGAGGCCCUGCCUUCUGACCUGGGCCGUGAUCUGAACACUGUCCAACAUUUACACAGACAGCACAACACUUUUGAACAUGACAUCCAGGCCCUCAGUGGACAGGUGAACCAGGUGCAAGAUGAUGCAGCACGGCUGCAGAAGGCUUACGCUGGAGAGAAAGCUGAUGACAUUCACAGGAGUGAACAUGCUGUGACUUCUGCCUGGGAGGGCCUGCUCAAGGCUGGUCAGGCCCGCAGGCUCCUCCUGCUGGACACCGUGGAGAAGUUCCGCUUCUUCAACAUGGUGCGAGACCUCAUGCUCUGGAUGGAUGGUGUCAACCUUCAGAUUGACGCACAUGACAGUCCCAGGGAUGUAUCUUCUGCAGGGCUGGUCAUUGCCAAUCAUCAGGACAUCAAGUCAGAGAUUGAGACCAGGGCAGACAGCUUUACUGCCUGUUUUGAGAUGGGAAAUACCCUCAUUAAUAAUAAUCACUAUGCAUCUGAUGAGAUCCGGGAGAAACUGGCUCAACUCCAGGAAAAGAGGGACAAGAUCAAUAAAAAGUGGCAAGACAAGAUGGAGCACUUACAAAUUGUGCUGGAGGUCUUGCAGUUUGGACGCGAUGCCUAUGUGGCAGAGUCUUGGUUGGCAGGGCAAGAACCUCUGGUGCGAGCAGCAGAGCUGGGCUCAAAUGUGGAUGAGGUAGAGAGCCUAAUUAAGCGCCAUGAGGCCUUUGAGAAACUUGCUGCAGCCUGGGAAGAGCGCUUUGUCCUACUGGAGAAACUCACUACACUCGAAGAGCAGGAUAUCCAGAGGAGGCGAGAGGAAGAGGAGAGGGCACGACGACCCCCUACACCCCCCCCAGCUGAAGCAGUGGCACAAUCUGAGACAGAAAGUCAAGCACACGAUUCUGCAGCCAGAACCAGUCUGGACCAGACCACACUCAAUCAGUCUGUCGCAGUGAAUGGAGUACACAGUGACAAUGACACAUCUCAGGGCUCUGAGUCAGAAUCUGUGAACGGACCAGGUAGGGACAGUGGGCUGGCAUCUUCUCGCCUUGAGCCGUCUGCCACGUUACCAAGCAGGGGUGGAGCAGAGUCUGAGCCAGAAACCAUGGAGGGGAUGCUCUGUCGAAAACAGGAGAUGGAGUCCCACAGCAAAAAAGCAGCUAGCAGAUCCUGGCAGAACGUGUACUGUGUCUUAAGAAAAGGAAGUCUUGGUUUUUAUAAAGACGCCAAGAGCGCUAGCAACGGCAUUCCAUACCAUGGAGAGGUACCCAUCAGCCUUGGAGAGGCUGUGUGUGAGAUAGCACACGACUAUAAGAAGAGGAAACAUGUAUUCAAGCUCAGGCUAGGAGAUGGAAAAGAGUACCUGUUCCAAGCAAAGGAUGAGGCGGAAAUGAGCUCCUGGAUCCAGUCCAUCCUCAGUUCCAUUCCAACAGGAUCAGGAGACUCGCCCGGAGGUCCACGGGCCCUCAGCCGUGCCAUGACUAUGCCUCCCAUCUCUCCCAGCUCAGGUGAUGCUGGAGGUGUUACCAUGCGCAACAAAGAGGGUAAAGAGAAGGACCGUGAGAAGAGGUUCAGCUUCUUUGGCAAGAAGAAAUAGAACACUUGUAAAAUCAUCGAUGGAAACUACAUUUGUCAAAUUUCAACAAAGUGAAGCAGGCAGAAAGGAAAGUACAAACAGGUCACACAAACACACUGCUCUCAGUGUAGGCCCCAAGGAAUUUGUCGACUGCUACUGUAUGUGUCAUACAGAAAACUUUGUUUCUUUUCUUUCUCUCGGAUUCUCUCCCUUGCCUGUUUUAUGUCAUUUACUUUUACGCUCGCCCCAUCCAUAUUUCACAUUUAACUGCACCCAACAAUGAAAGCCCUCAUCCAAAGGCGAGUUCAGCCAACCAGCAGAGCUAAUUAGUCUGAGUCAGUAAGAGGUGUGGUUAUUAGCAGGGAUCCAGGCCCAGCUCAGUUCCAAUCCACCAAAUCGGCUCUUCUUCGGUAUGAAUAUUUUCUCUUCAGUGAGUCUUGGAUAGCAGAGCCGUUUUGAUGCUGUGUCACUAAUAAAACACUGGAUGGUGGCUUUCCACUGUA